AUGGCGGCCGAACAAGAAGCAUGUCAAGGAAGUGACUCAAAAUCUUUAAUACAGGAAGGAGAUCAAGUUGUUCUGAGGAUAGAUAAAGCUCUUAAAGUAGUUCAAGUGCGCAAAAAUAGAAAAAUAUUAUUUGAAAGGCUUCGUUUCCUCAUAGACAACGCUAUAGAUCGUCCCUUUGGUUCUGUGUUUGAGGUUAAAGGCGAUAAGUUGCACUUGAUAGAACCUGCUGAAGAAGAUGUUGAUGAACUUGAAGCUACCAAAGCAGAAAAUGGAGAGAAGUCUUCAGAGUAUCAACCAAUCAAGUCUGAUGGUCAAUCACAAAAGCUAACCAGAGACGAUGUUGACGUUCUCAAAUCUCAAGGAGCUUCUGGAAAGGAAAUCGUGAAGAAGCUUGUUGAGAACAGUGAAACAUUCAAAGAUAGAACUGAAUUUUCUAAAGCCAAGUACAUGAAAAAGAAGCAUAAAAAAUAUAAUGCAAAAAUUACAGUUCUCAAACCAUCAACACGGCUGAUAGCCAGCAUGUACUACUCAAGGGCACCCAAUAAAAUAUGUGCAUUAAGGCCAGAUGCUUUAUCUCAGCUUCUUUCAUUAGCCAAUAUAAGAGCAAAUUCUAAUGUAAUAGUGAUGGAGCAGUGUCAAGGUCUUGUGGCUGGUGCAGUGCUAGAUAGAAUGGGAGGUCAUGGGAGUAUUGUCCAAAUCCACUCUGGAAAUUUUCCUACCAGGAUGGCAAUGGAAUGUUUUGGCUUUUCUUCAAGUUUUAUGGAAAUAGUCGAUGGAUUUCCACUUUGCAAAGUAAACAGUCUUAAAGUUCCAAGUCAAGAACUAGAAGAUAUGACUCCUUCACAAACAGUGGAAGUCAUUAUUAAAAAAGAGCAGUCAGAGAGUGAGGCAGAUGUGGAUGAGACCAAUCAACAGUCAAGAGCAUCAUCCAGUAAAACCUCAGAGGAACAAUCCACAGAAGUUAAGAAUCAACAGGAAAAACUACUGAGGAGAACUAAAAGACAACUUGAGGAAAGAAAAGCCAGAAAUACCCUUCAGUUAAGGAACAUGGAUAGUCUUGUGGUUGUCUGCAAGCUUCAUCCAAGUGCUAUAGUUCUAGAGCUGCUAGAAUAUGUUGCUCCAUCAAGACCCUUUGUAAUUUUCUCUACAAUCAAAGAGGCAUUGGCUGAGUGUUACACUGAUUUACGAAACAGAGGAGGUGUGGUGAAUCUGCAACUCACCGAAACAUGGUGGAGAGAAUACCAGGUUUUACCAGGUCGAACGCACCCUCUUGUCAAUAUGGAUGGAUCUGGAGGGUAUUUACUCUCUGGCACUACUGUAGAGAGAACUCCUAGCUCAGAUUCCUCGCCCAUUCAAACUGAGACGCCCGACGAAAGAGCUGAAAUUCCUGAAACUGUCACAUCUUGUUUGAAAGAGAACAACAGCACGAGUCAAACACUAGCCGAAGAAGAAAGCAGUGAGCCUCCUGCGAAAAAAGUCAAAGAAUAACCUUGAAAGGAAAUUUCACACAAAAUCCAUUUCUGUUAUAAGAACAUGUAAAAUAACGUAGUUAUCAUUAAAAAUAUUAGUAGAUUCUUGAAA